AUGCUACCGCGAUUAUCGUAUUUAUCCGUCCGUCGCGUCAGUGCUGCGGCAUCCAGCAUUCUGAAAGAUGUCGCUCCAAGCGUCUCCCUCUUCGACUUGCCAGAAGAGACUAAAUCCUACCAGGAUUUGGCGCUGAAGUUCGCCCAAGAAGAGAUCAUACCAAAAGCAGCGUAUCAUGACAGAACCGGCGAGUUUCCGUGGGAUCUAAUUAAGAAGGCAUGGAAGCUUGGCUUGAUAAACACGGCAAUCCCUCAGAAAUAUGGUGGCGUAGAAUUGGACAUCCUGUCAACAGCUGUUGUUGGCGAAGCGAUGAGCUAUGGCUGCACGGGGAUCAGCACGGCCAUUAUGGCCAGCGGCUUGGCGGCAGCGCCAGUGAUCAUUAGCGGAACUGAGGCACAAAAGAAAAAAUUUCUCGGAAGGCUGACGAGUGAGCCCACUGUCGCUGCUUACUGUACCACUGAACCGGGUGCAGGUUCGGACGUCGCGGGCAUCAAAACGAAACUAACGAAGAAAGGCGACUCGUACGUCCUGAAUGGACAGAAGAUGUGGAUUACGAACGGAGGUCACGCAAACUGGUUUUUUGUUCUCGCGCGUUCUGAUCCAGACCCAAAAGUGCCCACUGGUAAGGCAUUUACUGCCGUGAUAGUCGACGGCGAUCAAAAAGGGAUCGUGCGAGGAAAGAAGGAACUGAACAUGGGACAGCGAUGCAGCGACACUCGUGCGAUUUUCUUCGAAGAUGUCGAAGUGCCAAAAGAGAAUGUUCUUGGCGAAGAAGGAAAGGGUUUCAAGAUAGCGAUGCAGGCGUUUGACACAACUCGACCGAUGGUUGCUGCAGGAGCACUUGGCUUAUCAUGGAGAUGCUUGGCCGAGGCGACAAAAUACGCGCUGGAGCGGAAAGCUUUCGGAGUUCCAAUUGUUCAGCACGAGGCGGUCGCUUUCAUGCUUGCCGAGAUGGCCAUAGGCAUCGAAACAGGACGACUGAUGGUUUACAAAGCAGCAUCAGAAAUCAUGCAAGGUCGUCUGUCUAGCUACUACUCCUCAAUAGCAAAAGCCUAUACCGCCGACAUCGCCAACAAAUGUGCUACGGAUGCAGUUCAGAUUUUCGGAGGCAACGGAUUCAACUCAGAAUAUCCUGUGGAGAAACUUAUGCGGGAUGCUAAGAUAUACCAGAUUUACGAGGGCACGUCGCAGAUACAGCGCAUAGUGAUUGCGCGUCACAUAGUGAAAACGAUGCUUGGAACUGGAGGAGUAAUUCAGUGA